AUGCCUCUGGAAGCUCAAUUUCUCGGACUACCUGGGGAGCUACUCGUUGAAUGCCUCAAGCAUCUCGACUGGGAGGACCUCGUGCGCUGUAAGCAAGUCAGCAAAAGGCUGCGUGAUGUCGUCAACGACUCUCUCGAACUGCAGUACCGCAUCGAGCUCGGGGCGGACGGCCUCGUAGAAGGCCUCGGCUGCACCUUCACCACCGCCGAACGUCUCCAGCUCCUCCUCCAACGGCGCGCGCGCUGGAGAUACCUUGACUGGUCCCGGAUCGUGUCCAUCUCAGCCCCGGGGCUCUGCCAGGCGUACGAGCUCGUCGAUGGGGUGUUCGCGUCAUCGAUGGGGAACGACUUCUUUGGCUCGCGGCACCUCGAGCUGACAUGGCUGCCCACAAGCACCCAGGAAGCGAGGAAGAUCGAGAGGGAGGAUCUCGGUAUCAGGAUACGGGACUUUGCGAUUGAUCCGUCGCAGGAUCUCAUGGCGCUGGUACUCGCGGACGACGUUACGAGCAUGACCAUCCACUUGCGGACUAUUAGCCGAAAUGAACCUCAUCCGAAGGCUCGCAUUCCCGAGCUCCGAGCCACGGUCCCCCAAGUCAGGAAUUGUUUCGUUCAGAUCGUGGACGAUGUCAUUGGCGCGUUCUUCUGGUUUCAUGGUCCUGGUCUCGUCAUAUGGAACUGGCGAACUGGCAAGAAGGUAGUGGACUGCGUCGGGGUGAACUUGCCCACGGGCACCUAUGACUUUGCGUUCAUAUCGAGCCGUGCCUACAUAGUCACCGUAACGAUGCAAUACGGCUCAAUCGAGGUCUACACCUUCAGCGGCGGAGACGAGGAUGCAGAGACGUUAUCCAACACCGUUCCACAGUCCCCCUCCCUCGGUGACCGCCUUCUCCCCACCCGGGUCGCGAUCUUCCGCUUGCCCCCCACGAAGCCGGGUCAGGAUCUGCGCCGAUUCCUCACACAUUCGGCGCCGUUCGUCGCGAAUCCGACGCCUGGGCGGGUAUUCGAGGUAUCCCGCGACGCGCGCGUGCACAUGAUGUGCCUAUACUAUGGUGACCAUGCGGGGAGCUACCACCUGUUCCUCCACAACCGCUUUCUUCUCGCGCAUAUCCCUUCCGGGAUCGGUUCAGGGGCCGUAGGGAAGGUCACCGCGGUGGCGAAGGAGUGGGACGAGUGGGGCCCGGACAACGCGCGCUUCGUGAACUGGAUCGCGCACUUCCAGUGGCUGAGACGGACGUUGCAGCUCACCACGCAGUCACCGUGCGCCAGGUACCUCCAUGGCGAGCGCGUCAUCUUCCCCCCGAUCCCGCUCGCGCUCCGGCAGCCGACGGGGGACGACGAGGUGAAAAUGGUGAUGCUCAUGAUUGACUUCCACGUGCACCCGAAGCGCACGGAUGACCCGGUGAAGCCGCCGUUGGAGCUGGAUGAGGCGGGCGGCGGGUACGAGAUCGUGGCCAGGGAGACGGUGAUAGACUCAGGGGCGGUGUUCCAGCACCCGGUAGUGAGCAGGCUGCCGUACGCGAUGUCGACGCGAAGCGGCGUACGUGGUUUGGUGGAUUAUACCGGGUUCAUGAUCGACCAGGAUCAACUGAUUGCGAUGAAGACACAAUCUCAGACGCGAAACACACACAACAUUUCACAAUGUGCAACCGCGCACCACGUCCUCGGCCAGUCGAACGUCACCCUCGGCGCAGGCGAACUCAAUCUUGUGCCCGCCUCCUCCGAUGGCAAGGACCUGAUGCUCACAGUGGGCAGUGCAGGGUUCACACUCCACCACGGCACGGUCUUCGGGACAUCGGAGGGGGACCCGCGGGCGUACGUGUUCAAUCCGGAGAUCGAAGGACUCGACGGCGGGUUCGUGAAGAUCACGCUGCCCGAAGGCGUGACGGAAGACGGGUCACAGCUGUCUACACUCCAGACGAAGUUCGAGGAGGUCCUCAUAGCUCAUGGGCCACUCCAGCCUAGCGCGGACGACGCGAGCAGGGAAGGGACGGGAGCGCAUCAUGCGGUCCAGAAGUUGAAGAGCGCGAUACAUUCCGAUUUCCAAGAAUCGCUGGUGGACAUCCCCGGUUGCGUCGUCGCACAGGUUUUGGGUGAUGAGCCGAAUAUCCUCUCUAAAGGCACGCUGUCCUUGUUCGGUAUGAUAAAAUCUGCAAAGGAAGAGGAGCCCGUGCUCACGCUGGUUAUUGGCAAGUCCGCGUUCCCUCUGUACACGACGAUCGUCCUCCCUGAGACCACCGCGCCCCUCGGCGCCGACAAUGACCACGCCUCUCUCCAAAACCAAUUUGAACUCGCCCUCAUUGACCAUGGCCUCCUCAAAGACGGGUUCGAGGCUGCCGCGGACGAGGUCGCGCGCUCCGUCCGCGAGGGCUCAGCGCGCGUUGCACAACGUGUCCGCGACGCGCGCGAGCUCUACCUCCGGACGCACCCGCGUACGACCGAGCCCGUCGUCUUCCACCCUGCCGCACAGAACAUGGCGGGGAGUGCGGAGCGUGGGACGCAGACGCUCGCGAACAUCGCGCACGGAGUGAGUGGCAGCGUGUUGGGCGCUGCGUCUGUCGCGGGGUCGUGGUGUGCAAGAACGUUUGUCCCGACAGAGCCAAAGGUGACGGAGAGGCUAAAUUCGGCGGCGCGGGGAACAAUGGACGUUGCAGACAGGGUUGGAGCCGGGGUGCAGGACGUUAAGGACGCGCUAGAACAUGCUAGGGGCGAGGUGAUCGAGAACGACUACGGGAAGGAGGCAAGGGUCGUGGUGGGGAAUGUGGGCCAGAGCGUGGGGAACGUCGGCGCUGUUGCGGCGGACGCGGCGACUGUGACGAGCGGUGGGCCGGUACUUGCGGCCGACGUCAUAGGGGCCGCGAGCGAGCAAAAUAAGGAGCUGAGAAAGCGGGAUAUAGAGGAGGUCAAAGCGGACGGCGUGCCAGAAGAGAGUGAUGGGGUGGACACAGAGAUGCUAUAG